AUGAUACGUCCCGAUCACUUUGCUGUAUGCAAUGCUGUGGGUGCUGCUCUAUGUUCAGUAAGUGGAACUCUUGAUCUCAUUACAGAUCUUGUUCCAACAUCUGUGGACGGAGGCACACAGCGUAAAGCUGAACUUGAUCGAUUAGUUCUGCAAGUUCAGGAACAAUGUGAGCAUAAUGGAGCUCGAAAAACAACAAUUCAGUUGUCAGAACUAGAAUUGAUCCCAUUAUCUUACCAUUCAGGUGGCUAUAAACAUCGAGUUCAAUUAACGGCAAUCGGACAAUUAGAUUUAAGCAAAUUUAAGCAAAAUGAGCAGAGGAAAUCAACGGAAGGACCUUCGUUCGAUAUUAUAAAGGAAUUGCCAAUGAAUAUCAAACCGCCUGUACACGUUGAUUAUACAAAGAAACAGCCAGUCUUCGAUGAGAAAGGUGUUUGGUGUAUUGAUCCGAUUGAUAUUGAAUACAUUGCUUAUGGCGCAGGAAUUCUUGGUUGUGGAGGUGGUGGAGAAGUCUACCAUUCGAAACUAUGGUGCCUUGAUAUCCUUCAACAAGGAAAACAUAAGAUGUAUGUAGUACCGCCUUCAUACUACGAGUCUUCAUCGGAUUUAGUUGUUUCUGUUGGUUUCAUGGGUGUACCGACUGUUUCUCAUGAAUUGUUGUCUAGUGGACUGGAAUGUGCUACUGCUGUGGAUGCGCUCGAAAAGCAUCUGUCGACAAAAUUUGCUGGUAUUUUUAGUGGAGAAAUUGGUGGUGCCAAUGGUCUCAUGGGUUUGAUUGUCGCAGCAAAUAAGGAUUUAUAUUGUAUUGAUGCUGACGGAAUUGGCAGAGCUUUUCCAUGUUUAACCCAUUUAUUAGCUUUUAUCGAAGGUUGUUGUCCAACACCUGCUAGCUUAUGUGACAUACAUGGUGAUACAAUCAUGUGCACUGAAGAUCUGGUAUCUACCCCGAAAGAAUUAGAAGAUAUGUUUCGAAUAGAAUGCACUAAACGUGGUCUAAUCGUUGGUGUUUGUUUACCACCAAUAAAUGGUGAGCAAUUGCGGAAAUAUUCUUCAGCUCAUAGCGUCUCUCGUGCAUGGUUUCUCGGUCAAGCAAAAUUCAAUCAUAGUAAGAAUGCUGUUCAAGCGGUCGCACGUGCUGGACACGGCCGUGUACUUGUUUCCGAUGGUAAAAUUAUCAACGUGGAACGAAAUACUUCCGAUGGCUUUGUUCGCGGCCAUGUGACGAUCGAAAUGCAAAAGGGAAAUCUCAUAAUUGAUUUUCAAAAUGAAAAUCUCGUUGCACGGCUUGAGAACGGAGAUGUUCUCGCCAGUGUACCUGAUCUAAUCACACUUGUUGAACAAGACACGGCCGAACCGCUUUCCACUGAAACAAUCAAAUAUGGUUAUCGUGUUUCCGUACUUGUCCUACCCGCGCCAAAACUUCUAACAGCACCACAUGUACUGGAACAUAUUGGUACCAAAGCGUUCGGUUAUGAAUUUUCAAAUUAUGAAUAUGUGCCAUCGUAUGCACCAAUACAAUCGGUUUGGGACGUUUUCUAUAACAAAACUAUUAAAUGA